AUGAGCAGAUCGAGCAAUCCCAACAUUACUAGUGCCAAAGAUGUAGCAACAGAUAGUAGACAACCUAAUAGCGGACCUACUACAACCAGUACUGAUGAAUUUGGUCUCCCACAUCGCCUGUCGCACCGUCCCGCCUCCUCCCAUGGUAGCAACGAUGCCGGUUCCGACUUUUUUCACGAUGCGAACGACGGAAAUCAGAAAACAGCUGAGGGAAGUCACCAGGAGACGAACGGUAUAUUUAUAGAGGCCACUUCGAUUGCUACAAUGGAGAAGGUUCCUGGCAGUGAGUCAGACUCUGCAAAAGAAGUACCUGGGACAGAUGAACGGCCCUCAGUCCACCCGACAGAGGAUUCGAACAGAAAGAGUGGAGCGGGUGAACAAGCAACAGACGGUGGUGAUGCCUCAUCGAGAGGACACACCAGCUCGUCGUCCACCGCUCCUGACUCACCCACCAGCCGCGUUUCUCCAACCGCCCGUAGAGCGAUCAUGAAUUCGCCCAUCAUGAAGAAGUCGGAUCGUGCCAGCCAGCCAGUCAUAUCUGAAUGGUCACAUCAAAAGCUGGGAAGUAGCAAGGAAGCUGAACAGGAAGAGGAGGAAGUAAAGUGGCAAGCUAUGCGUGCCCUGGAUGAAUUCGAUAUCUACGAUGAUGACGGGAGACUGGUUGCGAAAGGUGCUAAGGAAGACGACGAGGAUGAACCAGCGUAUGGGAAACUUGGCGGUGCUGGCAAAGGUUAUACGAGACUUCUGCAUGACGACGAUGCAGAUUCCCAUAACAGUUUCGAGGAGGAUACAGACUAUCUGUUCAAGGGCAACCGAACAAACAACCUUGACGACGAAGAGCUCGAAGAGGAUCCUCGCGACAUGAUGCAACAGCUGGAAGCUACUAAAGAUCUCCUUACCGAGGGCCAACGUAUAGCCUAUGUUGGUGUCGUUAGACUCAUGAUCUACAAAAUGCAGAAAGCCCUUGAGGACAUGGAGAGGACCAGAAAAACCAAAAAGGAGACGGUCAAGGCUCUCGAGAGCAUGGAGAUCUGGGGUCAGCAAAUGAUGGUCCGCUUAUACGCUCACAUGAACAUAGAUAUUGCUGAGCAGGUCAUGAUAGAGCAGUUGGCCGAGCACGGUGUAGAACCUGCCGAUCUUGCGCCCUCCUUGAUGCAGAACGCUCGUGUCAAGAAUCCUCUGGCUGAGACUCAGAGCUCUCAGACCCCUUCGCAAACCGAUCACGUUUCUGUGUCUAACAAGCCUGCUGCUGACGUUGAAGACCUGCAGGAAGCGAAAACAGCUGAAGAGGUGCCUGAGGUCCAUGGAAUCGAAGACGCUCCCAAAGAAGGCCAGAUCGAUCUUGACAUUCGUUGGACGAUCCUGUGUGAUCUCUUCCUCAUUCUCCUGGCUGAUAGCAUCUACGAUGCUCGUUCACGCAGACUGCUUGAGCGCGUUGCUAGUACCAUGGAUAUCAGCUGGGUGCAGAUCUGUCGUUUCGAGAAACGUGUCAUAGAUCAGCUUGAAAUGGAGGAAGCUGCAAAAGAAAAAUGGGACGAGUCCGAACAUAUGGAAACGAGGAGGAAGCAGGCUUUGACCAGAAGAUAUGUCAUGAUGGGCUUGGCUACUGUUGGUGGUGGUCUAGUCAUUGGCCUUUCAGCAGGUCUUCUUGCUCCUGUCAUUGGUGCUGGUCUAGCUGCUGGCUUCACGACAAUUGGCGUCACCGGUACUGCUGGUUUUCUGGGAGGAGUCGGCGGCGCUGCACUCGUUACUUCUGUUGCAACAACCGCAGGAGGCACCAUUGCUGUGAGAGCGGCACAUCGAAGGACCGGUCAUGUGAGAACAUUCGAAUUCAGACCUCUUCACAAUAACAAGAGACUCAACCUCAUUUUGACCGUGUCAGGAUGGAUGACUGGCAAAGUGGAUGAUGUCCGCUUGCCUUUCAGUAGUGUCGAUCCCAUCAUGGGUGAUAUCUAUUCGUUGCACUGGGAGCCAGAGAUGCUUCGGUCCAUGGGCGAUACAAUCAAUAUUCUUGCUACUGAAGCCUUGACACAAUCUAUUCAGCAAGUCCUGGGAAGUACGAUUCUGGUCGCACUCAUGGCCGCAAUGCAGCUGCCAGUAGUAUUAACAAAGCUUUCAUAUUUGAUUGACAAUCCUUGGAGUGUCUCUCUAGAUCGAGCGCACGCUGCAGGUCUGAUCUUGGCAGAUUCUCUUAUAGCGAGGCAUCUUGGACAGAGACCGAUCACACUCACCGGCUUCUCCUUGGGAGCACGAGUUAUUUUCUCCUGUCUGAAAGAACUUUCCAACCGAAAUGCAUAUGGUAUUGUUCAAAACGUCUAUUUGUUCGGCUCUCCGAUCGUCGCCAACAAGGACGAGUACCUGAGAGCACGAUCCGUGAUCGCAGGUCGCUUUGUGAAUGCAUAUGCAAAGAAUGACUGGAUCUUGGGCUACCUUUUCAGGGCCACUUCAGGUGGUAUCAUGAAGGUGGCAGGACUUGCCCCGGUGGAAAAUGUACCUGGACUUGAAAACCACGACGUGACCGAACUGGUUAAUGGCCACAUGGCAUAUCGAAAAGCAAUGCCCAAGCUUCUAAGAAAGUUCAACUGGGAGGUCACCAGUGACGAGUUUACCGAGAUCGAAGAUCCAGACCCUGAGAACCAUGAACAACGGCAACGUGAGCUAAUAGCAGAAAUUGACGAAGCUCGAAAGAAGGCUGAGCAAAAACCAGAGAAGAGACGCUUUGGACUUUUCAAGCGUGGCAAAUUGGCCGAAAAGAAGCCAUGGGAGAUGUAUGAUGCCAAAUCGCCAAUGCAUAGUAAAUCAUCAAGCAUCGACCAAAAUGUCACCGAAGAAAACAUGUGGGGUGAAGGCAAAGUCCUCUUCGACAUCGACGCUAUUCGCAAAGAGCUUGCGGGUGAGCAAAUUGAAGUCAGAGAACUUGAUAGUAAUCAGCCUCCAAUUCAGAUAACCACAAUCAAGAAUGGCGAAAAGGUCAUUGAGUCGCUACGACUACCUCCAGGCAUCAGUAUGAACGAAGCAAAGAAGAUGAAACUACCGCCACGACCAGAUGAGAUCGAUGACGAGUCACUACCUCCUACAGCCGCCAACGGGUUUUUACAAAGGGCGACUUCCGCCUCAGCCACACCAACAACAACAAUAACAGAGACGAAGGACAAAAGGAAGUCGUUAGCACCCUCGCCAUUACCACCGGCAGCGGAAUACGAAGGCGCAGACUUCAUGCCCAAGGAGAUUGAGAGUACAUUACCACCACUGCAACUCACGCCUAACCCACAACUGAACUCUUCGCCUACUCCCAGACCAGGGCUGAAGUCUCAUACAACAACACCGCUACCUGAUAAGGCUGGGUGGGCAGAUGUUGACUAUGACACGAGCAAAACAUCCAGGGGAAGUCGCACCCCUGUCGGACUUGGGCUCGCAGCAGCUGGAGGCGCAGGAGCAGGCGCAGGUGUUGCUGCGGUGGCACUUGCAUCGCCUGUAGAAGCACUGGAUCUGGAGCACAAUGCUUGGGGCGACGACGCCAAUGGAGAUAUAAGUUUGACGUUUGCGUGA